UCAAAAAUAACAGAAAUUAUAAUUAAAUAUUGUCAAUAUGAUGAUAAUGAAUUAUUAUUGAAAUUUCGUAAUUAUUUAAUACAAUUUUAUCGAAAAUCUCGUUUUAUUGUCAUUAUUUCUUAUCGAAUGGUUAUCAUUCAAAUAUUGGCUGUUUAUUUUUUGGCAACUUUUUUUGUUUUUUAUCUAUAUCUAGGUGGUCAAAUCAAAUUGAUGAAAUUAAUAAUAACAACAAUAUUUCUUACAAUAUACGUUUGUUAUUGUAUUUUUCUAAUUGGUGAUUCAUUUAUUCAAUUAUCAAAUAAACAAAGAAAAUUAUUCUGGUUUCGAUUUCAUUCUGAUUAUGUCUAUCUUUAUAGUGAAGCUGACAAAUUCAAUUUAACACUUCGAAAUAUAUUAUUAUUCUUUGAAUUGAUGUCAAAAUCUGUAGUCGUAAUUGGUUUAUUAUUUUAUAGUCAUCAAACCAAGAUGCGAAUGCAAAAUACACUUACUACAUUUCUAUUUAUAUCGCUGUUUAUUACAAUAAACAUCUUAAAUUUUCGUAUAGCUCAUAUACCAUCAUAUAAUCGAUUAUGUUGGCUAUCCGUACAUCGUUGGAUUGCUCGAUUACAAUGGUUAAAUUUGGAUCAAAGAAAAUUACUCAAUAGAUUUCCACUAAGAUAUUCAAUUAAAUCACGUCUAUUUCUACAAUCGAUGACCAGAAAUCAAUUUGGUUUUACUUGUGGUCUAUAUAUGCAAUAG